AUGAGCUCCUUCCUCAUGAACGGUGGAUAUCAACCACAGCCCGAUCCAAAAUUCCCACCCUCCGAAGAGUACAGCCAGGCGGACUACAUUCCACCAGGAGAGUACUACCAGCACCAGCAUUUACAAUAUAGCUACCAACAUCAAUACCCGGUACAAAUCGGCACCGGAUAUGGCUAUGGAGGGUACUACCAUCCAAUACCCCAGCACCCACCUGUGGCACCACCGCCGAGGCCUCCCGAGCCAUCUCAUCCGUCAGACGCUGAUCAUGGAUAUAUUCCCUCCAAUAAUGACGCUACUCCAGCUCUAGCAGAGCUUGGUUUAAGGCUAGAAAGACAUAUAGAAGAAGCAGCUCCCGCUGGGCGGAAGCUUCAGGCACUAGGUCGUGAAGGCUCUCCAGUGUCGGAAAUGGACGAUGAGAGACUGUUGUUAGAUAGCCCUCCUGUUGAAGAUGAUGAUUCUUCGAUAUGUUCAGAUAACACAGACAGAGUCAUUUAUCCUUGGAUGAAGAAGAUACAUGUUGCUGGGGCCUCAAACGGAAAUUUUCAACCGGGAAUGGAGCCAAAGCGGCAGCGGACGGCGUACACCAGGCACCAAAUAUUAGAAUUGGAAAAAGAAUUUCAUUACAAUCGGUACCUUACUAGAAGAAGAAGAAUCGAAAUAGCCCAUACUCUAGUCCUUUCAGAAAGACAAAUAAAAAUCUGGUUUCAAAACAGAAGAAUGAAAUGGAAAAAGGACAAUAAAUUACCGAAUACCAAAAAUGUGAGAAGAAAAACUAAUCCGGCCGGAGUCACAACGACCACGACAAAGGGAGCCACACCAAAGAGUAGAUCAAAUAAGAAUACAAAUAAUAACGAUAAGAAGAAAUCGAACAACAAUGGGCGACCAGACAGCAUAGAAAACGUAACGGAUAAUAUAAUGAAUGAAUUACACUGCGUUGGUGCGCAGCAGAAUAUGUCGCACGAUCCAUCGAUUAGUCCCAUGUCACAUCCUGGGAGCCAGAUGAAUCCUGGACAUCAGAUGACAGCUCACCACUUACAUAUGAUGGGUAUACAUGCUGGCAUGGACCCCUCGCUGGUUGCAAACCUAUCCGCCCACAGCUCUCCUAUUGGCAACGCCGGUUGCGGGACCGGUAUCAGUACCGGAAACGCGCCCGUCAUAAAAUCAGACUAUGGACUCACCGCCUUAUAA